UUAGCCCAAAAAUGGGGCUCUAACGAAUCAAGUCGAUCAUACACAAUCAAACGGCUUGUCAAUCAUGCUACACAGUUCCAAGAAAAAUACUUAUCCCUAAGUGCCUGGAAAAGAUUGGUCUUUCGGCUUCUGGAGAAAUACAGUUUAUUUCCUUCUAUAUGGGAAGACUAUGAAUUUGAUGACCAUGGAGAAUCUCCCGCUGCUGAAGUGAUGCAAUUUAAACAAAAAGAAGGGUAUUUUGCCUUAUCUCCAGAGCCUAGAACCGAAAGAUCACCAGACAUAAAGUUCCGUGUUGGGCAAGUUAUCGUACAUAAAGUUUGGAAAUACAGAGGUGUCAUUGUUGGAUGGGACGAAACUGCUAAGGCCCCAAAAGAGUGGCUAAAAGUAAUGCAUGGGGAAAAACACAAACACUGGAAAGAUAUGCCAAAUUAUUCUAUUUUGGUUGAUACCCGAGAUAAACUGAUACCACAAAUUGGAUAUGUUCCACAAGAAAACAUAGAAGUUGUUACAAACAUGAGGGUACUUCAUCCUCUGCUUGAUGAUCAUUUUGAAAAUUUUGAUGGAGCUCAAUAUAUUCCAAGGCCAUGGUUGAAAGCUCUCUAUCCUCAAGACUGAAUACAAUGUUCCCUCGCAAUGAUAUAUGUAAAUAACUUUGCAAUCCCUUGAUAUCAACUCAUAACUAAACAUGAAAUUGAGUUAAGUGAUAUUUACAAAAAAUUAUAUU